GCCGUGGGCGACGACGACUACGGGGAGGACCCCACGGUGAACGAGCUUCAGCGUCUGGCUGCGAGGACCAUGGGGAUGGAGGAUGCUCUGUUUGUGCCAACAGCCACGAUGGCCAACCUCAUUGCGGUGAUGUGCCACUGCCAGCGCCGAGGGGCCCAGCUGCUCCUGGGGAGGGAGGCCCACCUGCACGUCUACGAGCACGGCGGGGUCGCUCAGCCAGCGUCGGCGGGGGGGCGGGCACUGCCCCUCACCUACCUCCAGCAGGUCCGCCUGCUUGCUGACCGCUAUGGGCUGCGGGUACACAUGGACGGAGCACGACUGAUGAACGCGGCGGUGGCCCAGGGUGUGGAGCCAGCACAGAUCACCCAGCACUGUGACUCUGUGUCCCUGUGCUUCUCCAAGGGCCUGGGCGCCCCGGCUGGAGCAGUGCUUGCCGGACGCAGGGAGUUCGUGGCCGAGGCCUGGCGUGUGCGGAAGCUGCUGGGAGGGGGGAUGCGACAGGCAGGCGUGCUGGCAGCUGCUGCCCGCAUUGGGCUGGAGCACGCAGAGACAACACUGCGCAGAGACCACGACAACGCCCGCCGCUUUGCUCAAGGCAUCCAGGAGCUGAACUCACCCCUCUGCUCCAUCAACCUCACGGCUGUGGAGACGAACAUCGUGCUGGUGGGAGUGAAGGGAGACUGGCCAUCUCCCACAGAGCUGUGCAAGCGCAUGCAGGCAGUGAGCGAGGAGGAGGUGGCCAAAACGGGCCACGCUGUCAGUGUGCUGCUCUUCCCCUGGUCAGCACGCUCUCUGCGUGCAGUCUGGCACUGGAACAUCUCCGCCCAUGACACUGAGCUCGCAAAGAACAAGCUGGACUUUGUGGCCAGGAAGUGCCAGGAGAAACUGGCCUUAGGACUGGGCGCUAGUCCUUGGAGCAGAGGUGGCGACUGAGUUGAGACGCGAGAACGGGCAUCUUCCUGGCCCCAGCCCUGAAGCUGACCCUGCUUGGCUGCUGCAGGCAAGUUUGGAGGCUGGGGCAACUGUCCCAUCCCCCAUCCUCCUGGCAGCCAGCAGCAACGAGUCCAGGACCAGCCAGAACAUGCUCCAGGCAUGUCCCUGACAGGCUGCAGCACAAUAACCUCUCCUGCCUGCAGCCCUGCAAACCAGUGCGAGAGCCCAACCCUGCCAAGACCAGAGCUCGCACCCUCCCAGAUGGGAGCACUCUGUGGGAGGGAGUUGAUUUGCAGAUGUGCCUGGAGGGAUGGGAGUCCACAUCUCACACCACCAGACCACUCCAAGGCAGCUUCCCCACCUCACUAGUCAGCCCAGCAAACACACAAUCAGAACAGCCUCUAGUCCUCAGCCCACACAGCUCUAUGCUGUUCCUGUAACGCAGUCACUGGAGACACUGCCCAAAAGCAGGGCCAGACACCCCCUGCUUCCAAGGCUAUGCACUUACCUAACACAUGCGCACUGGACAUGUGUGUACAAGCUGCAGCAGGAAGAAAGAUCCUGAGGGAUGCUCAGGGCACAGCUGGGCAGCUUGCUCACAGCCAUGCAGUGUGGGGCAGCAGCAGCACAUAUCACAAAGCCAAAGACAGAAAACAGUCUGAAUCAGGGGCCUUUGGGUUGUGCUACACAAGAAUGGCAGGGCAGGAAGCGGUCUCUGCAGCCCAGUGCUCUCAGCUCAGCUCUUGCAGUUGUAAUGAGGCAAUUGAGAUCUAAAUAAAGUGUUGUGGCAGUGCUGCAGCUGUGCAGGACAUUGUCCCCCAAGGGUGCCCCUCCCCUGACUAUGCAGCGGGGACAACGUCGCAGCCUGGCAGCCCCUGUUGAGGGGCAAGUGCUCCUGAGGACAUAAAGUGCCUCACAGCCGUAGGACCGGGGCCACUGCAGAGCAGCACCGAAAAUCUGACUGGGACUCUCACAGGUGUAUGAGCCCAGCCUGGCCACUGACAGGCCUCUCCAGAGAGGCCCAGCUGCCCCCACAGCCUGUUCCCCUCAUCCACCCAGGCUUUGCUUGGCUCUCCCCUUCCAGGCCGGCCCUCAAGCUGGCUGACUGGCCACCUCCUAAACACGUUCUCCAUGACUCCUCAUCUCAGUGGCCUGUGUUACCCCAGUCGAACGCAGCGUCUCUCCACCAGCCACAGGCUGGCUCUCUGGCCUUCCAUAUCUGUAACGCUGAGUCUGUCGCUUCUGGGCCAGAGAUUCCCUGUGCUAUACCUGUGCACACAGGGCUGGGCCCUUCUCAGAGCAUGGUGUGUUCACUGCUGCCAGCCACAGGAGAGCCCAGCUGCAGGGGACCAGAGCUCCAAGGUUGGAGAGGAGAUUAUUUAUGCAUCAGUUUAAGUUUGUACUUGAUGGCUUAACACAACACUUUAUCCCUAGGAAGAAGAUUUAUAUCCGGACAGCAGUUAUUCCUAUUUAUUUUUACAUUUGCAAUAAGUAGUUUGGAGGAAGCCAAGAGAACAAAAUUUAUCAUUCAGUCUUCCAGAUAGACCCACUGCAGGCCUGCCAGCCCUGCUGCAAGAACAGGCAACACUCCCAAAGCACAGAAGCACCUCAGAAAACAAAUGUCAGCACAGGUGAGAGUACUGGUAAUAACUAGGGCUUUCCUGCUCCAAGCAGCCCCCCUGCCUGGCUGUAGACUGGGAGCAGUGGAAGAGGCACAUCUGUCCCAGG